UAUGAAGUGGUCCAUAGGCCACAUUUCAAUAGGCGAAGAGAAGACAAGAGUGAGGGUUGAAGGAAGGAAGCAAAGCAGAAGAAAGAUGAACACAGACAUCACAGCAUCGGCAAAGCCAGAAUACCCAGUCAUAGAUCGAAACCCUCCCUUCACCAAGACCGUUGCCAACUUCAACACCCUCGAUUACCUACGCCUCCUCACCAUCUCCGGCGUCUCCGUCACCGUCGGCUACCUCUCUGGAAUUAAACCUAAUAUUAGGGGUCCUUCAAUGGUGACUGGGGGUCUGAUCGGUGUGAUGGGCGGUUUCAUGUACGCCUACCAGAAUUCUGCUGGGAGGCUCAUGGGUUUCUUCCCCAAUGAAGGAGAGGUAGCUCGAUACAGGAAAUAGUAGAAUUGUUUCUUCUGUUUUUCCUUAUUUUUGAUUUGGUAGGUAAACUAAAACGAACACCUUUGCUUGAUUUCAUGUUUCUGUAUGAGGCAUUUGGUCAUAUGCUAUUAAUAAUCAGAUUGUUGUUGUUGUUGUU